AUGGAUUCUCAACGAAAUAUGUUCCACCAUAAUGGAAUGAAUCCAACAACCACAGCUAAAUAUACAGUGCUUGAAGUUAUCACAUCGGAAACCGGAAAUAUUAACAAUGGAAGUGCUAUUCUUGGUACUCGUAUUAUAAACAUAAAGCCAUGCGCUGAAUCUUACGUGAAUGAAUAUCCGCCAUAUAAUGCAAUACUGGUUGGGUUCUUAUCCAUGAUACUUGCAUUGGUCUUUUUGUCAAUUGUCGUCUAUUAUCUUGCUAAACGUCAUUACAAAUGGAUAAAUGGUUUUGUACCAGAAAAUGUUGAAAAAGUAGCAACAACAACUUCGACAACAGUCAUUAAUGAAAACGGAGUGAGUAAAAUUUCAUCAUAUCAAGAAUCGCGUGUUAACAAUCAAGAAUUUUUACCAUUAAAAGAAAGUUCAAAUGGUAUAAUGACAAAUGGAGUGAAUGGUGUUGGACAUCAUGGAGAAAACUUUUAA